AUGUCACUCAUUGGCUUCUCGGAAAUACAGAGCAAACAGUAUCCUAGAAGCAUCAUUCGCUGUCCUUUUGACAAUUGCAAAACGAGAAUCAUACUUUUGAAUGAAACUUUAGCUCAAAGAAGAAGGGAAAUCGCCAACGCUCCAGCUAUGGCGCAAGAGUCCAGAAAUUUCUUUGAGCUUGAUGAUGUUUGGGACUUCGACAACAUCGGCGUUUCGAAAGCCGCCCCACAGCUACAGUCCAGCCUGAAGGUUGGUGAGAUAGAGAAAGUUGAGCGUCUUCUCAUCUGUAGUGAGUGUGAUAAGGGUCCCUUGGGAUUUGCUGGGUUCCGAAACCCAGAAGAAACAGACGUCAAAAAGCUCUGCUACUACCUCUCAUGUGAAAGCGUUGCUUACGAGGAAAUCAGGACGUAG